UCUAUGUUCUGACGUAUGAUGACGUGUUAAGACAGGAAAUUCUGUACAAAGAUUAGUUUCCAACUUUCCAAGGUAACAUUUUAACAAGAUGUCUUGCUCUGGUAGUCACAAAGGGAGUUUGGAGGCGGUACGUUAUGAUGGAGCUUCUGGUGGUGAGCUGUCCAGUUGUGCCUUGGCAAUGCUGGAACACGAAUCUCUACAAAGUCCCUCAGAGAAGUCUGGUGGCUCUACUGUUCUCCCAUCUACUGCCCUUGUGCAGGGCUACGAUGUGGAGUUUGAUCCACCACUUGAGAGAAAAUACGAGUGUCCUAUCUGCCUAAUGGCUCUCAGGAAUGCCAUUCAAACACCAUGUGGGCACCGUUUCUGCAAGAGCUGCAUUGAGAAGUCAAUUCGGGACACAGGACAGAGGUGCCCGGUGGACAAUGAAAUGCUGUUAGAAGACCAACUCUUUCCUGAUAACUUUGCCAAAAGGGAGAUUCUUUCUCUCACUGUCCGCUGUCCAAAUGCUGGCUGUACGGACAAAAUGGAGCUCCGAAAUUUAGAGAAUCAUUUGUCUCAAUGUCCAUUUGCGACUGUGCCCUGCCCACAGUGCCAAGAGGCCGUGAGAAAAAGUUACUUUGAGAACCACAAAACCAUAGAGUGCCAAAGGAGACCCAUGUCCUGCCCAGACUGCGUUGCGUGCUUUGUAUACGAGGAGAGGGAGCUUCAUGAGCAGCAGUGUCCGUUUGCGAGCAUCAAGUGUCAGUACUGUGAUCUGGAUCUUAUCAGAGACCAGAUGGAGUCUCAUUGUGAUACAGAUUGUCCCAAAGCCCCUAUUGCCUGUACCUUUAGCACUUUUGGAUGCAAGGAAAGGAUGCAGCGGCACAACCUGGCUCAGCAUAUGCAGGAAUUUACGCAAAUGCACAUGCGCUACAUGGCGGAGUUUGUGCGCUGUCUUAGCCUUAACGGCACCACACCAAAGUCACUUUGGGCUCUUGGACCAUCUGUUUCAUCUGAUGAUCAGUGUGCAGCAUUUGCAUCAUCUUGUCGGGGAAGUCCAAGCGGUGGCAGCAGCUGUGGCCCAUCCCACCCGAGCGAAGAAAUGCAGAGGAUCCGGGAUAUGGAUGGACGACUUGUAAAACAGGAUCACCAGCUCCGUGAGCUUGUCAUCUUAGAAGAGACUCGGGUAGCUCAGCUUGCACAGCUCCAGCAAAGAGUAGCUGUGCUAGAAGAAACAGUGAAGGAGCUGGAGGCUCAACAAUGUCAUGGCAUCUUCAUCUGGCGUCUCAGAAAUUUCUCCGCCUACCUCCAGAACCAAGAAGCCGGCUUGCCGGUGGUCGAGCACAGCCCAGGCUUCUACACGGGUCAACCGGGCUACAAACUGUGUCUCCGCUUACAACUUCAAACACCCAAUGCACCACGCUGUUCCAACUACAUCUCCCUCUUUGUCCACACCAUGCAAGGAGCUUUUGAUGGACGGCUGAGCUGGCCUUUCCAGGGCACUAUCCGUCUGGCCAUUCUCGACCAGGGCCCUGAAGCUCAACAUCAUAUGGAGGUGAUGGAGACUAAACCGGACCUUCAAGCUUUCAAGAAACCCAUCAUUCAGCGUAACCCAAAGGGGUUUGGCUACGUGACUUUCCUGCACCUGCAUCAAUUGAAUCAGCGAGCUUAUGUCAAGGAUAACACCGUCCUCAUCCGCUGUGAGGUAACGCCACGUUUUGACAUGUUCCAACGUGAGGGACCAGCAAUGCAGCCCAGGGGUCCCGAGGCCUCACGCGACUAACUUAUAUUGCAUGUCAGUCAUGCUUAGUUUUCUCAAGACUGCCUUGAAUGUGCAAAUAUGCUGGUAUUUAUCACCAAUUUUCAAAUAUCUUUUAAUUAUUCUUACUUGUAUGCAAUUUUAUUUUAAUCAGGUUAGAAAUAUCUUGCAUGUAUGCGCAUCAUUUAACAAGCAUGUUCAUUUAGUAUGAAUAGGUUUGGUGAUUUUAUAUGUAGAUUUUCUGCCGAAAAACUGACUUACUACCACAUAGCACAAUAGUUGUUUGUUUGUUUGUUUGUCUGUUUUGCCAACCUCUUUUAUGACCAGCACGUGCAAAAAAGAAACGUGUACUUGUCAAGCCUCCUUCACGCUCACACUAGCCGCUUGUGACUAGUGCUAGCUCUACAUUAGUAGUGAGUAGUGCAUAAAUAGAAUAACAAGUAGGAUUACUGACUGAAAAGUAUUAUAUUUAGCAGUGAAACUUUUUUUCAUUAUUUAAGUUUUAUUCCCAAGUUAACACCAACAGUGUGAUUAAUUGCAAAUGAUGUAUAUCUUCAAAAUGUGCCUUUGCAUUGAUCUAGUUAUUCUCCAACAUUAGCAACCACAAAGUCGAUGAGUCUACGGCGGUAAUAAAUAAGAAAUAAUUAAUGAUGCUUGCUAUGGAUGUGCCUUUUUUAAUUUCAGUGCAAUGUCUUAUGUGUUUGAGAUAAUGUUGCUAAUCAUUGAAAUGUGAAAUAUUGCUCUUGUUUUUUUGUUUUCCAAUAACCUGAAAUAAAGAUUCAUGUCAUCUACGUAGAUGCAUGGUACUU